UGAUCAGUUGUUUACCGAACCGCGACUAAAUCCUAUAGAACUGACCUCUUCGGUUUAUUUUCGAAAAAGUUUUUUAGUGGCGUUUUCUCGAAAAAUCCAUCGAAAUGACGCUCAAUGUUAUGUUGCAAUUAUGUAAAAUCACGAGGGCAAGUAAACUUUUCCAACGCAACUUUUAUUUGCCAUUGUUAAAGCCUCUAUCGCCCAAAGAUGCCCUUAGACGCCAUAUAAUCACCGGGAAGAAUAUCCUCAGUAAAAUGGAACAUUAUAUUCCAGUUUUAGAAGAAUACCAAGCACGACAGUAUAGAAGAAAAUAUACUCCAAGAGGUUUAGGAAAGAAGAGGCAAAGAAAGAAGCCAAACAAAAAAUACGUUAUGCCUUUUUUCGACGAAGAUAUGGACGGUCAUCCGAGACUCCUUUCGUUAUUAUCUAGAAAACCUAAAGGACGUGGACAGUGUUAUACUUAUGAAGUUCCGGAUAAAAAUUGUACACUUGUUUUAAAUUAUCAGUUUGAAAGAGCGAUUCGCGAUAAAGAAAUAAUAGAUGUAAUGAUGGCUCAAAGAACAGAAAAAAUUGCGGUCGUUUUAAAAGAUGGUUCGAAAGUAAGUUUGCCCAUAGUCACUUACGAUGGUAAUGCGCCUUUCUAUAGAGGCGAAGGAUGGACUAGAAAGGAAAUAGAAGAAACCCAUCAUCACGGUAAAGAAACUAUGUCGGUCGCAAAAUUAUUCGAGGCUAAGGAAUCCGGCGUCGAAGAAUGGGAAUUGGAAAUGAUGAGAAUGGCCGCCAAACGCAAGAAAAAACACAAAGGAGAAGGCACUGCAGAUUGGAAAGCUAUGAUGGCAGCUCAAGCAGACAAUAUCGAUUGGGACAAAUUUGAAGAAGACGCUAAACAAAUGGUAGAAGAACAACACGAUCCCGUUGACGAUACGCCCAUACCUAUGGCUGUUGAUGAUAUGGAUAAAACGAAAAACGUUAUAGAAAAAAUAAAAAAUGCUGGCGAAGAAAUAACUAAUUUGUUACCAGUAAUGCCCGAAAUUCCCGAAAUAAUUAAUAUAAUCAAAGAUGAAGGUGAAUUGACGGAAAUUGCGAAUGUAUCAGGUUUAAAAUUGGAAUUAAAAUCUUCGAAACAAGAACGAUUUGUACCGGGACAAAUGGUGAAAUCGGAAGACGGAGAACUUUUCGUUCCAGGACAAACGGUAACGAAUGAAGAAGGUCAAGAGGAGUACACCCCUGGAUUUACUGUUAUGCUCGAGGACGAGCCCACGCUUAUUCCGGGCUUGGUAAUGGGCGACGAUCCAAACAAAGCUGUAUUCUUGCCAGGUGAAUCUACUAUUACGCAAUCUGGCGAGCUUCAAUUUACUGAAACCGAAGACGACUACAAAAUAGAUUCUUCCCCACCUUUGCCAGAACUACCUGAAGUGGAGGAAGUCGAGUUAGAGGAGGAGCAAAAUAGUGAAGACGAGGAGAUAGAAAUUAUUCGGCCGCCCCCCAAACGAGAAAAGAAGGAGUUCGUUUACGAGAGACCGAAGCGACAGUUCACACAAAGUAUGGGUCCUAAGCGUCGUGAAAGAGGCCCAAAAGGUCCUAAAGGCGGUAAAAAAUUAUCGGUUCCGAAUGUCGAAGCGCAGCCGGUUUUGAAAAAAUCCGCUUCCGGGCCGGUUUUGUACGAUUUAUCUGUGCCGCUCCUGGAAAAAGACUUGCUUCAACAACAAAAAGAACGAGUGGAAAAUUUUACGGAGAAGAAGGCUAAGGAGGAGGUAAAAAUAGAUAAAACGAGGUUAGAAAUAAGGAAAAAACUUAGAGAAAUGGCUGCAAAUAAACCGCCGAAACCAAAGUAUGUACCCUUAGAGCCAGUUGUGAAGAGUGAAAAAUUAAAAGAAUUGGAAAGAAGCAUAAAAAGGGGCAACUUUUUUGACGUCGAUCACAAAAAAUAUUUAAGUAAGGAGAGAAGCGCGCCUUUCAAUUGGUUGGAACCACCCCAAUAUCGGAACAUUUUCGAUUCGGUGGGGAUAUGGCGUCACCGCAUAUGGAAGUCACUGAAUUUAUAUUCGACUUGGAACGGGGUCGUCAGGAUGCCUAUCAAUGUGAAGAUAUCACUUUGCAAAAUAACCAGAGCCAGCAAACUCUUCCAACGGAACUAUUAUCUUCCUUUAUUGAAACCAUUGUCUCCUAAAGACGCUUUGAGAAGAAAAAUAAUAACGGGACAAAACGUUCUUGGUAAUCGAAUAGAACAUUAUAUUCCGGUUCUUAAGCCGCACGACGAGAAGCUUGCCGAAAAACGAAGAAGAGGAAAAGGCGCGGUGGUAGUCAAGAAAAGAAUAAAACGACAUCAAAACGAACGCUACGUCGAACCAUUUUUAGAUGAUAAUAUGGAGAAUCACGCCGUAUUACAGAAAAUUUUGAGUACCAAAUCAAAGGGCAAAGGGCAACAUUAUAUAUACGAAGUAGUCGAUAAGAAUUGCACUUUAGUAAUUGAUUCCCAAAUGGAAAAAGCCGUCAGAGAUAGGGAUAUUGUUGACAUAAUAAUGGCUCAACGUAGCGAAAAAGUCGUUUUUAAAUUGAGUAACGGAAUCAAAGUUACUCUCCCAUUAGCACCGUUCAACGAAAAUGUUCCGCUCUAUCGCGGUAGUGGAUGGACCAAAGAAUAUGUUGAACAAGAGCAUCAUCACGGUAAAGAAACGAUGACCAUAGCUAAAUUCUUCGAAGCUAAAGAAUCUGGCGUUGAGGAUUGGGAAUUAGAAAUGAUGCGACUGGCGAAUAAGAGGAAGAAGAAGCACAAGGGCGAAGAUAACGUUGAUUGGAAACAGAUGUUAUCCGGAUGUCUGGAAGACAUGGAUUGGGAUAAAUUCGAAGAAGAAACCAAACAAAUCGUCGAAGAAAAAGAAGAAGUCGUCGAAGAAGAAAAUAUACCGAUGGAAGUUAACGAUAUGGAUCACACCACGGACGUAGCGGAAAAAUUGAAAGCGGGCGGAGAAGAAGUUCUCAGCCAAUUACCUGUAAUGAAAGAAAUACCAGAGGUUAUAAAAAAUCUAGAGAGCGGGGAAAUGUGCGAAAUAUCAAAUGUAUCCGGAGCUAAAAUUAUCCUACCUAGUAGUAAUAAAGAGUGUUUCGUUGUUGGUCAGAUGGUUAAAACCGAUGACAAUGAAGUUUUUGUACCCGGACAAACGAUUGUCAACGAAGACGGCAAUACCGAUUAUACUCCCGGUAUAACAAUCAAUGACGAUAACGAGCCAACCCUGAUUCCCGGUCUUGUAAUGGGAGAGGAAGAAUCUCCUGCGAUGUUUUUGCCAGGUGAUUCGACUAUAACCGAAGAAGGACAGUUGAAAUUCGAAGCGACCGAAGAAGACCGACCGAAACGAUGGCGUCAACUCUCCGACAGUCCCCCACCUCCACCUAAGCCGAAACGAAAACCAAAAGUCGAGGAGGAGAUUGUCAUUCGUAGACGUGUUAUUGAAGAUCCACCCGAGCCACUUAUAAAAGAGAAGGUUAAAAAGAGACCUCCGAUUGAAAUUAAAAAAACUGAUUCUCCUCCAAGACCUAUUGUUAGGACGCCGAGAUUACCUAUGGAGGACCCGCUGAAAGUUUUGGAAGAACAAAGAAGAAAACGAGAAGAGGAAGAAAAAAAGAGGAUGAAGGAAAGGUUGGAAGAAAAAAUUCUAAAAGAAGAAUCGAAAGUAGAUCAAUUAAGGUUGGAUAUGAGAAGAAAAUUCAAAAAUAUGAAAUUCGAAAAACCCAAAGAGUAUGUUCCCAUAGAACCAGUCAUAAAAAGCCAGAAGCUGAGAGAGUUGGAGAAUAGCAUAAAGAAAGGUACUUUCUUCGAUGACGAAAAAACGAAGGAUAUCUUAGAGAAAGCGAAGAGUGCGACAAGAAUGCUCAAAUAUCAAAAUGUCCUGAACACUUAUGGUAACGACUUUGGAAAAUUUAUUGAAAAAAAAAUGGUAAAUUACGUGCUAUCUUUCUGCAAAAUUACUGGAGCGAGUAAGAUUUUUAAAAAACAUUUUUAUUUACCUCUACUUAAACCACUUAAUCCAAAAGAGGCGUUACGUACUUUAAGGAUAACUGGAAAAUGGCUUUUAGGAGCUAAAAUUCAACGAUAUAUUCCAGUGUUGUUGAACCACGCUCAAAAACGAUCGAAAAAAGUAGAAAAUUUUGGAAAAUUGCCUCAUUUUAAAUCAUGUGAUUACACUUAUAUGACACCGAGCUUAGAUUUGGAAAAUGAAAAUCAUAAAUUGCUCCUCAAUAUUCUAGAAACUAAAGAAAAAAAUGGUUGUUAUACGUAUACAGUACACGAUAAAAAAUAUAAUAUCGUCUUUGAAUCAGAUUUUGAGCAUGCAAUCAGGGAUGGAGACAUCGUAGAUAUAAUGGUUUCCCAAAAAACUGAUAAGAUUUUAGUGAAGCUUAAGGAUAAGAAAAAAAUUCCUAUAGAAAUUCAAUAUUUCGAAGGAAAUUUUGACAAACUAAUGUGCGGGGAGGGGGCGACAACGGAAGCCGAAGAAAAACAACACCAUUAUGGUAAAUAUACAAUGAGUAUCGCCAGAAUAUUCGAAGAAAAAGAACUUCGCGAAGAAAAAUGGGAAGAGGAACUUAAAAAAAUUUUGAAACGCAGAAAAAAACAGAAAUGGGAAAAUUCGAAAGCUUACAAAGAGAUGAUGAAACGGACUAUGAAAAAUUUAGAUUGGAACAAAUUUGAAGAAGACGCUAAAAAAGUUAUAGACGAAAUUUCAGAUCCUACAACUGAGAUUCCAAUAGAGAUGGAGGUAGAUGACUUGGAAUCGACUAAAAACGUUAACGAAACUCUUCUAAGCCACGGCCCAAAAAUCUUGGAUCAACUUCCGACUAUAACCGAAAUACCGGACUUAAUCAAAAGUAUGGGAAAUGCGGAAAUUGCCGAAAUUGAAAAUGUACCACCGGAGGAAAAUCAAAAGAAACGUAGGGUAAGUGGAGUCAAAGUAAGACUAUCUUCUGGAAAAGAAUGUUUCGUAAGCGGCCAGAUGGUACUGACUGAAGACGGAGAAGUCUUCAUACCCGGACAAACUGUACAAAAUGAAUACGGCGACGAGUAUGUACCUGGAAUAACUACCAACGUUGACAAUCAACCGACGUUAAUUAGUGGUUUGAUUAUGGGUGAAGAUGAAAAAGAGCCGAUGUUUUUACCAUCUCAAGCAGCUAUAACCGCCGAUGGACAACUUACUUUUGCAACCACGCCCGAAGAACGCCCUCCACCUCAGGCGGAAAGCGAAAGAAAAGUGAAAAGAAAGAAGAAGCCCAAUAUUCCAAUCGAACCACUUGAAAUAAUGAUAAUUGAAGAAGUUGCCGAAGAACCUUCCGAUUCUGAAGAAAAAUCUACAAGUAUCUCCAGUGUAGAAUUGAACAAUUCAGAAAUAGAAGAGCUCGACAUGGAAGCUAUCAGAUUAAAUCAAGAACAACACAGAUUGGAAAUGGAAAAAUUAAGAAUGCAACUAUUCGACAAUAUGGACGAUAUUAUCGCUAAUCUAGAAGAUAAAAAAGCCCAAUUGAAAAAAAAGCUCGAAGACUUACGACGUCAACAUAUGGAAAACGAAAAUAAUUUAGUUUCGUACGCCACCGAAAAAGAUGCGUUGGAAAUAGCUUCGAAAAUAAGUGACAAUCAAGAUACUAUUAAUAGAUUGGUAGACAUACUUUUAACAAUGACUAGAAGAGCAUCGACUUUUCGCGAUAAAAAUAGCGUACGAGCAGAUAACAUAGACUUGUCGUAUUUAAGUACAAACGCCGGUGAUUACGAAAUUAAAUUUCAUUCUUGUUCAAACAAACUUAAAAUACUCUUUAAAACUGCUCUUGUAGCUGCUAAUGAUGUAUUUAAAAAUAGACCGAAAGAUCAAAUACUCGCUCUUACAACUAUCGGAGGAAUUUUAGCGCAGUCGAUGAAAAAUGAUAUUAAAUUAACUUUGGAAUUAACUAAUGUUAUGAAAACGCAAUUGGAUAGAGAUGAAAUUUGUGAAACGGCCUUCAAACAAUUAACGAGAAUAAUCGAAGAUACAAAAGUUUGUAUAAUUGCGAUGAUAGUCGAUAAACAAAUGUCGAUAUCCGAUCUAAUCGAGAGUAUUGAAAAAGUUUUGGGCGGCGAAAAUGUGAUGCAUAUUGCUUUUGCAAAAAUACUCAAAAUAAAUCCAAUUAUAGUUCAUUACCUUGUCGAAAAUCUUGAAAAUCAGUUGAAAGAUAUAGCAUCUGAAGAGGACGCAGUUAAAGUUCUUCAAAUAUCUAUCGUCGAAACGAUAAGGUUUACACUCGUUUCAAAUUUGGAACAGGUAAAGAAAAAAUCAACAUAUCCCGAAUUAAUAAGAGAAGCUUCCAGUUUCGCUAAAGCUUUGGGGCUGGAUGAUGUAGUUGAGGAUCUAUCUAAUCCAUCACAGGAUUUUCUAUUAGAAGAAAGCAUCAAUAUGCUUAAAAGGAUGACUCUUAUAAAGCAACUUUCCGAACGGGAUUAUUCUUUGAAAACGGCCAUCGCAAGAAUUAGGAAAAAUCCCGAGUGUGCUAAAUCAGAUCCUAGAAUUCGACAGUUAAUUCGAGAGAGUGCAGUGCUUAUCUCAAAUCCGUCGCCGCUAUUAACCUCUAGAAGCAUACCUUUGCAACUAAUGAAAAAACAAAACUUACUCGCCAUAGAAGAUUAUUUAGUAAAAAAAACCAAUAUAGAAUUUCCCGUACUUAUAUCUCGCGGAACAUUACAAGCGGUUAUACCUAAAGACGCCUCCAGAGGGGUUUUGGCUGGAAGAGUGCCCUAUGUUCUUAUAGAUGAAACCGGAGUGACAAACUUUAAGCCCAUGCAUAUGAUGUCCGCCAUUCACGUUAACAAAAAUCGCGAAAAAAGAAUCGAGGAUUAUUUAAGUGUUGUGCCGGAUAGUGACUCUUCCAAUUAUUUCAAGACUAAAAACAAUGGUUCAGAGAAUAGCAGAGGAACGAUGAGCUCAGGAGCCCUUUUAAGGGGCUACGGGCCACGUGCCUAACAUUAUGAGGGAAGAAGAACUUGAAGUGGCCCUGAAGGUGGUCAUCGUGGGUAAUGGUGGGGUGGGCAAAUCAAGCAUGAUCCAAAGAUACUGCAAGGGGACUUUCACUAAGGAUUAUAAGAAAACUAUAGGUGUAGAUUUUUUAGAAAGACAAA